CACAAUUCGAAUGAGAAAAAUCCACUACGAGAUAUGGUGGUAUGGACAAUGUUUCUGGCUACUUCCUUCUUUCCUUUGUUUCAUGUACAAUUUUAUAUAUCAUUCAGACUAUUCUAAAAAAGUCUGUCCAGAUGAUCCAGAUUGUGAUAGAAGAAAGAAGAAUGAUGAUUCAGAGUUUAAAGAAACAAUAAAAGGGCAUGCUCUUGACAACUUCUUUAGAAUCUUUGUAUAUUUCGGGAUUGCUUAUUAUUCAAUUGACACUAUCUAUCUUGCUGUAAAAUAUGGAUUUGAUAUGGUUCCUUGAUGAUAUACUCUGUUCUUGCAUCAUAUCCCUACUGUUAUUGCUGCUUAUUUUAUGACAAAAUUGAAUCACUACCCAUGGUUCCUCUCAUUUUCAAUAUUUUUCCAUUGCUUCUUAAUAAUCUGGCCUCAACACAAAUGGUUAAACUACAUUUACAUCCAAGGAUUUUUCUGUUUUCUUUAUAAAAGCAACACGAAUCCUUUCAAGAGAAGCCCACUAUAUAGGAAGAUAUUUUGGAGUGUUCUCUCCUUAUUUGUGCCAACCUUCAUGCUUUGGUGGUUUAAGUGUUCAAAUCAGAAUGCAUUCUAGAAGAUACAGUUGCAUAAACAU